UGGACUCUAAGGACUGAAUGAAUGCGGAAGUUGCAGUAUGGCUGUUUUGGAAGAUGGAAGGGUUCGUCGGCCUGCUCUCCUAUUCAGUGUCCAAAGUACUUUUGCUUUCUGGGCUUUCUAGGAAGGACAAUGUGCAGAAAGCCAAAAAGAUGGAAGAAAAAGUGCUAGAGGUGUAUGAUGCUAUCCGCACAAUACGUGAUCCCGAAAAACCCAACACUCUGGAAGAGUUGGAAGUUGUUUCAGAGAACUGCAUUGAAAUGAAAGAAAUUGCGGAGGAUGAGUACCUGAUCAUAAUCAGAUUCACCCCUACAGCGCCACACUGCUCUUUGGCAACACUCAUUGGUCUUUGUUUGCAAGUAAAGCUUCAGAGGUGCUUGCCUUUUAAAUACAAGCUGGAGAUCUACAUUUCCCAAGGCAGUCAUUCAACCGAAGAGGACAUUAACAAGCAGAUCAACGAUAAAGAGCGAGUGGCGGCUGCUAUGGAAAACCCUGGUCUUCGAGAAAUUGUAGAGCAAUGUGUAGUAGAGUCAGACAACUGAUGCUUCGGAGGUGUGCUCUAUCAAGGGAUGUCUGUUAAACAGCAACAUAUGUUUUUCAGAGAUCAGCUUUAAAGGACAGGAAGUGGAUUGCGUGUAAACUUUCAUUCAGUUCACUUGUGCCUGAUUCUGUUGUUCAGUUUAAUAUAUUAGUUAAUGAAAAAAUGGCUUAGUUAGAUUCUCCUUUAUCUGUAGUGAUUGUCCAGAAGCAGAGUAUCUAGGUGACAAUGACGGUCAAGCAGACUACAUGGAACAUUCUAUAUUUAUAUUCAAGGAAAGCAUACUUGGAUACAGAAUAUGCAAGACUAGCCAUUUUUAAUGCUGACAGUUCACUAUAGCCUUAAACGUUAGAGCAUAAGUGGUCUGUAGAUGUUGGUAGUUAACUCCUAUAUCCCUCAUGCCUUCACAUGAACACUGAUGGCCAAUGCUGCUAAUGUGAAUCUCUCUUCUCCCCUGCCAUUUGGCCAGUGUUUUGUUGUCACUGCAAACAUUACUACUGAUUUUGUUAGCGAGCUCUUAAAUAAUUCAGAAAAUCUGAAUAAAAAUCAUGAUGAAAUUAAGGAAAGUUAUCUGUCUUGUAAAACGAAUGGCAAGCUGAUUUGCCAGGAGGUCUUCCAUAAAUCAGUUCUCCAGCCUAAUGAAGAAGUGCAAAAUAAAUUUUGCACUCUCUGACACCUUUCUUUGGACAGACAAAAACAGUUUUAGAAAAGCUUUUGUAUUUUAAACGGCAUCUGCUGUAAUGGGUAAUUUGGCAAAAUAAUUUAGAGCAAAAGGGCACUUGUACAUUUCUAUGUGGGUGUCAAUGGACUUUUGUCAUGUUCUGCUGACUGUGCUCUGGACAUGAAAAGUGUGGUCUUUGAAGAAUAAUCGGUGUAUAUUGUCAUUUUUAAAUUUCCACUGACUUUCAGAUUUAUUCUUUAGAAGGUCAUCAUGAUUCUUGAUCUUUGAUUUCUUUGUGUUUAAAUAUUUUCAGAAUGUUACAUUUAGCAAUAAUACUGUUGUGCCUUCUUUUUCUUUCUUUCUUUCAUGUUUCAUACACUCUUAGUUUUGUAUGAGGUGUUUACUCCUUCUCUCUGAACUGUUGGAUGACAUUAAAUUAAAAAAGGACAGACUUGUGGUUGGUGGCUGUCUAUGUACCAUCAUGCCUCCAUGUAGCUGUAACAAAAAGAAACAUUCCUUGUGUUGCUAAUGCUGCAUUUAAUGACCUACAAACAAAUAGUCUGCCUUUUUUCUUUGUUUGAUUGAAAGGAUGAAGGCAGCUUCUCAGGGAUGGUUACUGCCUAAGAAACGCACAUGCCACAAAAGAAGUGUGUUGUGUUUGUAUUUUUAUCCCGAUUGAUUUGCCCAAUUUUGAAAGGUUAUUUUCCUAAACCACUUUUUGUUAUUAACUUUAUUGCUUUGGAGGAAUGCCGAUAAGCUGUGCUGUGACUGGAAUAACCUUUAAACUGUGGUACAGUAUAUAUAUAUAUAUAUAUAUAUGUGUGUGUGUGUGUGUGUGUGUUAGCUUUAAAAAAAAAAGAGGAACUGCUGCUCCCUAACUCGAAUAACUUGCCAUUUUCCUUUCAACAUACUUUCUCAGUGUUUUUAUUCAUGUUAACAGUCUGGCUUUUAUUUGAGGCCUCGCCCACAAAUCCACAGUCAUUUGUGGCUCAGCCCUCCAUUAGGGAAGUGUCUGUUGUCUUUUCCUUGUUAUUUUUUAAGAAACAUAGCUAGGAGCAAAAGAAAAGAUUGUGUUCAUUCUUUGCAUAAAUGAAGUCCUUCCUUCUGCGGUCACGUCUCUGUGUGCUGAAGUGAAUGCUGUCUGGGAGCAAGAGAUCUUUUUAGCCAUUAAAAAUCCCAGACAUCUCGAGAACGGUGAUAUUACUGAUGAGAAACCAAUUGACACAGUAGAAUAAGAGUUGGAAAUAGCAUUUCUAUUUAUAAUUAUGGCUGCUUGAAUUCUUUAUUUCAACAGGUAUAAUAGACUUUUUUGGUCUAAUGUAAUUUGGUGGCAUUAGUUUAAAGUUGUGCUAAAUUAAAGUGAAUUUGUGUUUUUUUUUUUGUUGUUUUUUUGUCUUACACUAAAUUAUUAGGGAUGGAAGUACACUAAAAAUUCCAUAUUUGUGUGCUUGUUUUUACUAAAUCAUGAUUUUUUUAUUCUCCUGCAAGUCAGUUAUUUGGUAUCACUGCUGAAUGUCUGCUCAGUUUAAUUUUAAAUAUGAAUUGCCACCAAAUGUACUUUAUAUUUUGUUAUUUGCUACACUAAUAAAGCAAAAGAUUAAAGUUA